UUUAAAGUAUUUCUAUAUAAAAAUUUCCAAAAUAUAAAAUAUCAAAAAUACAUAUUACUUCAUAUUCUUUAAAAUGGAUUCCAGUGUUUGUCCACAGGAUGCGUGUAUUAGAAAAAUUGAAGAUAUAAUAGAUAUAGAGGAAACGAAUGGGAAUUGCAGCGUCCGCCAAGUGGCAUUCAAUUUACCAUCAGCGGAUACUACUGACAGCACAGUCUCCACGAACUUGACGAGGAGUCUGGAGUCUGGCUUAACUGAAGCCAAGCAGGAGUACACCAAUAAGAAGUUCAUGAAAUAUAAAGUUAGACGUCACAAGAGCCCUCUACCAGACGUUGUAUCAUGGCCUAGUGAUUCUGACAUCACUGUAUUGCGAAUGAAACUUUGUCUAAACAGCGGUUUAAAAGAAAACGUGUCCAGUGUCACCGGUGAUGGUCUUCACCAGCCAGACAGUUCAUCCAUGAUCAAUUUAGCUACACUUAUACUGCACUCACAGCAUCCGUCUAAACAGAAUAUUAACAUUGAGGAAUAUCUGCUUCCGUUGAGUUCUUGGGAACAGAGUCAAGAUCAAGAAAUCGGGGUAAAGGACCCAUUGAUUGAAGACCACAUCGCUGAUGAUUCUAAAAAGAUAGGCGAUGAUAUAAAGUUACAUGAAGCUAUUUGUAGUUACAGAGGCAAUGACGAUAUAAGCCUACCCGAUAGGGGCAUUUUCAGACGGAAUAAAACAUCGAAAGUGGCAAGAUUUCUACGACUCUACUUUUGUCCUUGCUGUACCUGCCUUUAUAAAUUAGAGAAAAUGCGUGAUACGCCGUCUGUGUGUUUCACUAACCGCAAGGAAUUUAAAAAUGUGAUCGAAACAUGAUUGUUUAAUUGAUUGCUGCAUAUUUGUUAAUACAUUUCAUUAUAAAUUGAUCUUGCAUUUAAAUUCGUUCAAUUCGCGCGGCAUUGCCAAAUGGUUUCAUUUCUUCGCCCCCCAGCUUGCAGGCUGGGCCUGCGCAAGUUAUAAAGCGAGAG